AUGGUACAUUGCUUUGUGAGUGAAGAGCUCUUUCCUCCUCUCUGCAGGCUAUCAGGCUGUCAGGUGACUGAGAGAGGCUGCGCUUCUCUGGCUUCUGCGCUGCGUUCAAACCUCUCACACCUGAGGGAGCUGGAUCUGAGCUACAAUCACCCAGGGGAGUCAGGAGUGAGAGCGCUCUCUGCUGCACUGGAGGACCCCAGCUGUAGACUGAAGAAACUGAACAUUGACCAUGGAGGAGUGAACAGGCUCAAACCAGGCCUGAGGAAAUACGCCUGCCAGCUCACACUGGACUCCAACACAGCAAACUGGGAGCUCUCUCUCUCUGAGUGGAACAGGAAAGUGACUCGAUCGGAGGGGAAAGAGGAACCUUAUUCUGAUCACCCAGAGAGAUUUGACUUCUGUCCCCAAGUGCUGUGCAGAGAAGUUCUUACUGGUCGCUGCUACUGGGAGGUGGAAUGGACCGGGGGACCCCAUUAUGCUGAACGGACUGCAAUUGGAGUCACAUAUCAAGGACUCUGCAGGAAAGGAUUCUCUGUGGAUUCCCUUGGACGCUGUAACAAGUCCUGGAGUCUGGAAUUGGAUCCAUUCCUCCCUUAUUCCUGGCACAAUGGGAAGUGUCAUCCACUAUCUGAGUCCUCCUGGGGGUCCCGCAGAGUUGGGGUGUACCUGGACUGGCCAGCCGGCGUUCUGUCCUUCUACGGGAUCUCUGACACACUGACCCACCUGCACACUUUCCAUACCACCUUCACUGAACCUGUCUAUCCUGCAUUUAGAGUUACUCCAGAUUCCUCAGUGUCCCUGUGCAUGCUGGGAUAGCUUCCUGUUUCCUGGAGGAACUGCUGAGUCUGAUAUUGUUCUGUUUGUUUUAUUAUUAUUAUUAUUUUUUCUGUGUAUCUGAUUUUAUUUAGUUCAGGCAGGGCUAAUGGUUUUAAAUGAUACAUCAUACCUGCUUAUGAGCUCACAUAAUUAUCCAUAAGGUUCCUGCACUUGUUCCUGUUCUGGCACUGUAGGCUCUCAAAUUUCUGCAGGGAACUAGCACCCUCUUAAUUCCACCAGACCAGUUUUGCCUGGUCCUGCCCUAGGGUCCCAUUCAUUAUGCAUGGGACAGGAAAAGGGGUCUGUCCCCCUCUUUCCAACAUAUAGAAGUGAGGCCUAUUGAGAAUUAUGGGUCCUUUCUGUUCUUGGUGUUAUGGGUUCUGCUGGUUUUUGUUCUUUAGUCUUCGUCACAUUUUUGUAAUAACCGUGGGAGAAAAAAGAAAAUUUGUCUCCUUUCAUUCAAUUCUUAAUGUCCAUGUCUGUACUCUGUAGCAUUCAACAUUAGUUAAAGUAGUUGAACCUCCAUCUUUAGCAUUAACUUUUUAUUGAGCCUUACAAUUAAUUAGCAAAUUAAAUUACUUACAAUAUAUUCUGCACUUUGGAUAAGUGAGGAGUUUUCAGGAGUUCCGCUUGUGUUUGGUAUUCAAUGUGCCAAAUAUUGAAUGAGGGUGUUAACUGCUAAGACCACUAGAUUCAGGGAAGUAAAGAAGUUCACACAGCAUUGAUGACAAAUAACCGGUUGUAAUAGUGUAUAGUAUUCCAUUCUGUUCAUCUAAAGUCACAAAAGAAAGCAGCAUACUGGACCAUUUUUACAACUAAACCAAAAUAUGGCAGAUAUUAAUUAGUGCUCAGAUUGUUUACUACUGAAACUAAAAGUGCUUAUUUGUACCUCAGAACAAAAAUAUGGCAGGUACCAGAACAUUCUCAGAUUGUAGGUGAAUGAACAGAUACAGAUAUGUGAUAUUUGUACAUAAUGAUUUAAGGACAUUCCAACCUGUUGUGUGAUUAUGGGAGGAGCUGGGAGGCUCACAAAGGAUUUUUCAGCAGGAAACGGGAGCGUGUCAUUUGCGGAAGUAUUUUUUUCCAGAAUGAGUGACGUAUAAAUGAUCAACCUGUGGUUUUGUACAAAAUAUUAAAAUGCAGUUUCCUUU